AUGAUUCUUGCCGCCGGAGCUCUUCUUUCUCUCUAUGCCUUCUUUUUGGUACUUCCUAUUAUUAUAAUGGCAUAUGCAGCACAACACUAUCCUCUUCGACUUUAA